AGCAGCCAGUGGGGGAGAGCAGUUAAGGCACCAGCCACUCCACGCAGACCCCCAGCUCCCUCCUGCCUGAAGAUGUUCCACCAAAUUUGGGCAGCUCUACUCUACCUCUAUGGCAUUCUCCUUAACUCCAUCUACCAGUGCCCUGAGCACAGUCAACUGACAACUGAAGGAGUAGAUGGGAAAGAGUUCCCAGAGCCCCACCUGGGCCGGUGGUACUUUAUCGCAGGGGCAGCUCCCACCAAGGAGGAGUUGGCGACUUUUGACCCUGUGGACAACAUUGUCUUCAACAUGGCCGUGGGCUCUGCCCCCAUGCAGCUCCAGCUUCGAGCUACCAUCCGCAUGAAAAAUGGGCUCUGUGCGCCCCGGAAAUGGAUCUACCACCUGUCUGAGGGGAGCACACAUCUCAGAACCGAAGGCCGCCCUGACAUGAAGACCAAGCUCUUCUCCAGCGCAUGCCCAGGCGGAAUCAUGCUGAAAGAGACAGGCCAGGGUUACCAGCGCUUCCUUCUCUACAAUCGCUCACCACACCCUCCCGAGAAGUGUGUGGAGGAAUUCCAGUCCCUGACCUCCUGCCUCGACUUUAAGGCCUUCUUACUGACUCCCAGGAAUCAAGAGACCUGUGAGCUGUCCAGUAACUGACCUGUGGCUUCAUCUGUGCCCCCCAGAUGGAUACAGUGGGAACUGAGAUUGUGGUGGGGGGAGAAGCUGGAGACUCUUAACUCCCUUUCAAGAAUAA